AUCCAAUAGUUUAUAGUUUUAACUUGAAUCCGUUUUCGAUAUUUUACCACCAUCGUUUAUUCUUAUUAAUGACAAUACUUCCUAAUUGUCUAACUAUGAUCAGUUCAUAGUGUAAACUACGAACAACAAGUAUGUGUUAAAGAUAUGCACUAUUUAAGCGGCUAAGCGAAAAAGAUUGGUUUUGCUAAAGUCACCCAUUGGUGACAUCAAAAUGUUUAGUCAUUGAUAAUUCAUUUAUUGCGAUGUAUUAGUUUGAUUAGUUUCAUCAAAGUGAACGGAACUAUUUUUGUCAAGUUAGAUUAAUUCAUUUCAUGUAGAAGGAAUAAAUAUUCAACUUCAUCCAACAAACAUAUGAACAAAAUAAAUAUAAGAUCCAACCUAACAAAUGUUUCGAAGAAGGUUACUUAUAUUGACAUUAUCAUCCCAAAAUCAUACUACCAAUAAAAUAAUAAUAAUAAAAAGGUUAAGAAAGGGUUUUCAAAAACAACUUUACUACAAUCAAAUGGAAUACAGUUGUCGGAUAACCAAAACCAUUGAAGAUAGGUUGCUUGACCUCGUUACAUCCACUAAUGUUUAGUAAUUCAACUGCUCCUGGGGAGACAAUUAUACAAGACGUAUAAUUCGGCGAGUCUGUUAUUGUACGACAGAACAUUAUCUGUCUUGGUUGAGCAAAGAAAAGUUGUGUGUGAUUAACAGUAUUAUUCUCGUUCAGUUGAUGGACACAGGAUAUCAAGUCAACUUGGAUGAAGUUUUUAAAAUUAUGCAACGUGUUACAUCAAAUUUACUGCAUGUUUUAAUGGUUUGUCUUUUGCGUACUACUGAAGCUAAAGAAAUCCAUAUUCAUAAAUAUAUACUUCAUACUGAAAAGAUGUUUACACUGCCCCUCUCUACCUUGGUUAUCGAUACGGAAAUGAGUUUUAUCUUAACUUUGACGAAACCUAUUCUUUCGACAAAGAACUCGAAAAGUUUUUUUUAUUUCGAAGAGAGCAAGAAUAAUGGAUCGAGCACAAUAAAAUCGAUUACUUAUAAUACUUUAGGUUUUCAUCAGCUGCUUGCAACCAAUACUAUUUUAAAGGCAAAAUUAUCAUCAACCUAACAUGCUAAUAACAGUGUGAUUGGUUAGGCGUGAAUAUGUAUCAUCAUGGUGAAGCAGCAAUUCAAAUAAAUGUAAUGGGAUUAAAGGGAUAUAUAUUUUCAUGCCAAUAUCCUUCACUUGACCAUCACAAAACGUUUAAAAACUGACUUAUUAAAUAAUUUGUAAUCUGAAAGUCAUGCAAUUGCGUUAUAAGCAGAGAUGGAUAGUAUCUAGAGGUGAAAUUCAUGACGCCCGUCUCACCCUAUUUGGGACUCGUCAGCUGGAUGUGUCUGCAUUCCAGAGUUAAUUUUCAGUCCGAGACUCGCCACCGCAUUAACCAUUUAGCUACUGCAUUCUGAUAGCCACUAGCUUGUGCAAUGGGGUGAAGUUUAAUUCAUUUUUGUAUUGGUUGUUUGAAUCUUCCCUUACGAUGUUUAGGACUGUAAUUGAUCAGUCUCUUAUUGGCAUAUGUGAAUCCUGUACAGAUUGCCUCGAUAUCACCUUAGAUGACAAGCAUUAUAAACAGAGAUGGAUGGUGGCUAGCAGUGGAUUCCACUGUCAGCUACUAUCCGUAUGUGCUUAUAACGCAAUUGAAUAGUUUCCAGAUUACAAUUAUGUGUUUUUAAUUUUUACAAAUAAUUACUUUGAUUACUAUAAUCCUUAUUCCAAUUAAUUAGUCCAUUACUCAAUAGUAUUUUCAUAGUCACUAUCAAACUGUACAAUUGUAAUGUUACAUCAAUGCUUAGGCAGUACUAUUUUAUUACUGUAAAUGUAGAAUUUAGCUGUUUCCUUUACCUUGUAUAAUCAUUGAUGAUUGCUUCAUAAAUAUAACAAAUACGUGAUGAAGCUUUUCAAAUUUGGCUAAACCUUUCCAGCUGAUCAGUUAUAUUUUACCAUGAUUAACACUAGAUCUGAUGACAGUUAGUUUAAAACAAUUUAUUAGAUUCCUGUUAGCAGUUCAUUUUCAUUGAUCAUGUUAACAACAGCUUUUUCAUUAUUUAGGGUUCGUUUGAUCCAGGUACAUUUCAGAUAAAUUUUCAAUGCUCACAUAGUGCGAUGGUGAAGAUUUGUAGCUCCGGUGGAUGAUUUUGAUGGACUUUUGUUCUCUAUAGAAGUCUAAAUGAAGUUUGUGCUGGUGAUGUUGUUCAGAAGAAUGAUGAAAGCUCCACGACCAAACCAUCCAGUUCGGAGAACAAAACUCUAUCAAAAUGCCCACAUGUAUUAAAUGUUACAUUAGACGCAUGUUUUUCAGAGGAAAGCGAGAAGUGGAUAGCUAGCGAAGGCAUUUGAUUUUCAAGCAUUAUGUUACAUGAUCAAAAUCUGUCCCACUUAUCUCGGUUUAUCUGGUCAAGUAGGAUUAUAACCUUUCACAUUCAGUUUGUGACUGAAAGCUAGGUACACGAGUCUGUACCUAGUAAGUGAGUCAAGUCAGUAACUUUUAAAGUUUUUGAUCCUUUACUGCAUCUAAAAUUAAUUUAUUCUGAUAAAGAAAUGAUUUAGUUAAACUUCUGAUAUCCUAUUCAUGAUUCAAUGUUCGAUAAUUGACUAAUUUCAAAAUGGAUUUUCCGGAGUCCUGGUGAGAAGCCGUGACCAGUGGAAUCAAAUUCGUGUCAGAUAUGAAACAGUUAUCUUCCUCAGAUAAUAGAUGAAAAGUUGCCUAAGCUCAUGGAUCGAUUGAAGUUAGACAUUAACAGAUACAGGCUCACUCGUCUAGAGUUUAAGCGUUCGCACGCGAAACCGAAGGUCUUCGGUUUGACUCCCGCGUGCGGGAUCGUCAGUACAUACUGCUGGGAAGUCGCAUACUAGGACGAAACAGUCAUCCAGUACUUUCUAGGUUUUCACUAAUGAUCUAACUUAAAUCAACUCAUAAAUUUCACUAAUAAAUUACUACAAUCUUCACAAAUUUUCAUUCUACUAAAUGUAUCAUGUUUAAAUCUGACCAUUAUUUUAAUGAUUGUAUCGCUUAAUUUGCACUUGUAUUUUAUUUAUUUUGCUUUCUUCUCUCAUUAAAGUUCACUUAAUCUUAACUGAUGUACUUAAUUUGAUAUAAAUUAAAAGUUCACUAUAUAAAUAUACCUUAUUUUGAGAAGAAGAAAAAAGGACAAAAAAAGAAAAGAAACGAAGAAGAAGUUAUUUCACAUUUGUGCUUACAUUAAAUCAUA